AUGCUCUAUAUUGACCAGGAUCCAUUUCUGAAAUACAAUCCGUACCUGGAGUCUGCAAAGACGCCGUUCCAAAGACACUGGCAUGAAAUUGUAGCCAGUGCCUUGUUCUAUCAUGCAAUCACCAUGGCUGCUCCGUUGAUCAAUACCGCGAUCUUCGGAGAGCAUUACACUAGCAUCACUAAUAAAAGACGCAAACUCAACUUUGACAUUCACAUUUCCGCAUUCGUGCAGUCUAUCGUGUCAGUUGCCCUAUGCAUCCCCAUGUUCUUCCAUCCAUACUUCAAAUCCGAUCCGGUGUUUGGAUCCUACGACUUUGCCGGACUGACCGCUGCGCUCACCUGCGGAUAUUUUGUGUGGGACCUGCUGUACUGCUGCUUGUUCCACUUCGACAUGUUUGGCCUGCCGUACUUAUUCCACGCCGGAGCAGCACUUACCGUGUUUGGAAUGACCUUCAAAGGGUUCUGUCAGCCGACGAUUCCUUCGUUCCUGAUCUUCGAGGCCAGUACGCCCUUCGUCAACCUAUACUGGUUUGCGUCGAGGCUCCCAAAGGGGGCUGUCAACGAGACACUGUUUAUCGUGAACGGAAUUCUGCUAAUUGUUUCGUUCUUCUCGUGCCGGAUCGUCUGGGGCAUCUACGCUGCUUUCAGAACUUUCUAUAUCUGCUUCAAAGUGCGUGACCAGCUACCAUCCGGCAUCCUGCCCGUCACCAUAGCGCUGAACAUUGGCCUCAAUGUGCUCAACAUCCACUGGUUCUCCAAGAUGGUGCUUCUGGCAUACAAACAAUUUGCUCGCUCAGGACAGAAACAGGAGUAG